AUGACCCAGCAAUCCGCGCCUCCGCCUCCGCCUCCUGCUCCGCCGCUGGCGCCACCACAACCGCAACCGCAACCGACAACUCCGCCGCCUCCUCCUCAUCCAACCGAGAGCGUUCGAGUGCGCUGUGCCGGCUGCCGAAUGAUCCUCACAGUGGCGCCCGGCCUCACCGAGUUCGCCUGCCCUACCUGCCGAAUGCCGCAGAUGCUUCCGCCGGAGCUCAUGCCCAAGGACCGAGCCGCCGCCGCCGCAAAUGCGCUCACUCCGGUGCCUCCGACGUCCACUCCGGCGUCGCAGCCUCCGCACGCGCCUGCACACGGCAUUGAUCCCACUAAGAUCCAGCUUCCCUGCGCUUCUUGCAAGGCCAUCCUCAACGUCCCUCACGGCCUCGCGCGCUUUGCUUGUCCUCAGUGCAACGUUGACCUAGCCGUCGAUGUUUCCAAGGUCAAGCAGUUCUUCCCCGCCGCCGCGCCUCCGCCAGAAGAAGUUAACGAGGUUUGCCUCCAUUCCUUUGCUUCUGUUCUGCUUUUCGAUGGUUUCGGUAGUUGUGAAGCGGCGAAUGCGAAUGUUGCUACUGGUUUACUGUGUAGUGUGAUUCUAGGUUACGAUAGGGUUUCUUUUGCCUUGAUUGAUAUUGGGGACAUGCGAUAUAAAGUUGUGAUUGUGACCGCAGUUGAUAUUGUAUUGUUUAUAAGGGACGUACAGUAUAAAAUAGUGGAAUAUGCUUUAUUGUCUGUUGAUGAGGUUGCUGUUGAAGUUGAGAGGGACGAAGAUGAAGGUGGCAUGGUUGGAGAAACAUUUACAGAUUAUCGGCCGCCAAAAGUAUCUAUUGGAUCUCCACACCCAGAUCCUGUUGUGGAAACAUCUUCCUUGUCUGCAGUGCAGCCGCCUGAGCCAACUUAUGAUCCAAAAAUUAAAGAUGAUUUGGAGAGUUCAAAGACUUUGUCUUGCUUGCAAAUUGAGACAUUGGUCUAUGCUUGUCAGAGACAUCUUCAACAUCUACCAAAUGGAGCUAGGGCAGGAUUCUUUAUUGGAGAUGGAGCUGGUGUUGGUAAAGGUCGAACAAUUGCAGGGCUAAUUUGGGAGAACUGGCAUCAUGGAAGGAGGAAAGCAUUGUGGAUUUCUGUUGGUUCAGACUUGAAAUUUGAUGCUAGAAGAGACUUGGAUGACGUGGGUGCAACAUGCAUUGAAGGUAGGUGGUUCAUGGCCAUGCAUGCUUUGAACAAACUGCCUUAUUCUAAGCUUGAUUCAAAGUCUGUUGGGAUCAGGGAGGGAGUUGUUUUCUCAACAUACAAUAGCCUCAUAGCGUCUUCUGAGAAAGGUCGUACUCGGCUCCAGCAGCUUGUACAGUGGUGUGGACCUGGGUUUGACGGUCUUAUAAUUUUUGAUGAAUGUCAUAAAGCAAAAAAUUUGGUCCCUGAAGCAGGUAGUCAGCCAACACGAACUGGAGAAGCAGUGGUUGAUAUCCAGGACCGGCUGCCUGAAGCUCGUGUUCUUUAUUGCUCAGCAACUGGAGCAUCUGAGCCUCGCAAUAUGGGUUAUAUGGUUCGACUUGGUCUUUGGGGAGAUGGGACUUCAUUUGCUGAUUUCCGUGAAUUUCUAGGUGCUCUUGACAGAGGGGGUGUUGGAGCUCUUGAAUUAGUUGCCAUGGACAUGAAAGCAAGGGGUAUGUAUUUAUGUCGGACACUUAGCUAUGAAGGUGCAGAGUUUGAAGUUAUCGAAGCACCAUUAGAAGAUAAAAUGAUGUUUGAUAAGAGGAAGGGAUCAGUUGAAAUAUAUAAAAAGGCAGCUGAAUUUUGGGCUGAGUUAAGAGUAGAAUUGCUGUCAGCCAGUGCCUUCCUAAAUGACAAACCUAAUUCUAGUCAACUAUGGCGAUUAUACUGGGCAAGCCACCAGCGUUUUUUCAGACACCUAUGUAUGUCUGCUAAAGUUCCUGCUGCUCUGAGACUAGCAAAGCAAGCAUUAGCUGAAGAAAAAUGUGUAGUCAUAGGUCUUCAGAGUACUGGAGAAGCAAGGACAGAGGAAGCUGUGACAAAAUAUGGUUCUGAACUUGAUGAUUUUGUUUCUGGACCUCGUGAAUUGCUGCUUAAAUUUGUGGAAGAAAAUUACCCGUUACCAGAAAAACCUGAACUUCUCCCAGGAGAAGAUGGGGUGAAAGAACUUCAAAGGAAGAGGCACUCUGCAACUCCUGGUGUUUCAGUAAAAGGCAGGGUCAGAAAAGUAGCCAAGUGGCAACCUCCUAGUGAUGCUGAAAGUGAUGAAGAAUCUGAAACUGACUCUGGUGUUGAAUCUACUGACUCUGAUGAUGAGUUUCAAAUAUGUGAAAUUUGCACUACUGAGGAGGAAAGGAAAAAAUUGUUACAGUGUUCAUGCUGCGGUAAAUUAGUCCACUCCACAUGCUUGAUGCCACCAAUUGGUGAUGUAGUUCCCGAAGAGUGGUCAUGCCAUUUGUGUAAGGAAAAAACAGAUGAAUAUCUUCUGGCAAGACAGGCCUACAUUGCUGAACUUCAGAAGAGGUAUGAUGCAGCCUUGGAACGCAAGACAAAAAUAUCAGAGAUAAUUCGAUCUUUGGAUCUUCCAAAUAAUCCCUUGGAUGAUAUUGUUGACCAGCUAGGAGGCCCUGACAAAGUUGCCGAAAUGACAGGAAGGAGAGGCAUGCUUGUGAGGGCUGCUACGGGCAAGGGUGUAACUUAUCAGGCUCGUAAUACAAAAGAUGUCACUAUGGAAAUGGUUAACAUGCACGAAAAGCAGCUAUUUAUGGAUGGUAAAAAGUUAGUUGCUAUUAUCUCUGAAGCAGGAUCAGCUGGGGUUUCUUUGCAGGCAGAUAGACGAGCUGCAAACCGGAAACGAAGGGUUCAUUUAACCCUGGAACUUCCAUGGAGUGCUGACCGGGCAAUUCAACAGUUUGGAAGAACUCAUAGAUCAAAUCAAGCUUCGGCACCAGAAUACAGGAUACUCUUUACAAAUCUUGGUGGAGAGCGAAGAUUUGCAUCAAUUGUUGCCAAGAGAUUAGAAUCACUUGGUGCUUUGACUCAGGGUGACCGCAGGGCUGGGCCUUCAUUGAGUGCUUAUAAUUAUGAUAGUGCCUAUGGAAAGAGGGCUCUGAUGAUUAUGUACAAAGGAAUAAUGGAGCAGGAUUCUCUGCCCGUGGUACCUCCGGGAUGUUCAUCUGACAAGCCAGAUACAAUUCAUGAUUUUAUCGUGCAAGCAAAAGCUGCCCUUGUAUCUGUUGGAAUAGUAAGGGACACAGUUCUUGGUAAUGGUAAAGAUCUUGGAAGGUUAUCUGGUCGCAUUAUUGAUUCGGAUAUGCACGAGGUUGGGCGGUUCCUCAACAGGAUUUUGGGACUACCUCCUGAUAUUCAGAAUGGGCUAUUCGAGUUAUUUGUGAGUAUCUUGGAUCUUCUUGUUCGGAAUGCUCGCAUUGAAGGUAACCUUGACACAGGCAUUGUUGACUUGAAAGCUAAUGUAAUUGAAUUUCAAGGGACUCCAAAGACCGUUCAUGUUGAUCAAUUGACUGGGGCCUCAACAGUCCUUUUUACAUUCAUCUUAGAUCGUGGGAUCACAUGGGAGUUAGCAAAUACGAUGUUGAAUGAAAAGCAGAGGGACGGGCUUGGCUCAGCCAAUGAUGGCUUUUAUGAGUCAAAGAGGGAGUGGUUGGGAAGACGUCAUUUCAUUUUAGCAUUUGAAAGAACCAAUAAUCAAUAUUCUAUUUUUGAUGAUGAUCUUGCCUCCAAGUUUCAUCUUAUAUCGCCAAGAUAUGUUGCCCUGAUUGCAUCAUUAUAUGCACAACGUUCUUUAUGUCUUAUUUUCACAAAAAUCAACACCUUUUUGGGAGAACCCUGUAUAUACCUCAAGAUCCAAAUCAGGGUUGAGAACACUGUUACUAAUGCACCACAGUGUAGCUGUGCUCUCGUUGAUGCUUUUGUGGCUGCUGCUGGAAUAGUGGGAAUUGCAGUGUUAUUGUGCCACUCCCCUCAAACUAUUUUGUUGCCGCAGCUUCUUCUGCCCUUCUCCCUCUCUGAUUGGCUGGCCUCUGCCUUUCACUGCGCUGCAAAAUUGCAUUUAGAGCUCUCCACAUUUGCAGUUGAAAUUUCUACGUUGAGGGAGUCGAUAAAGCCCCUUGCGUCCCUUCUCCCUCUUUCUGCUUCGGGCAUGUAUAAAAUAGUUCGUCCCCCUGUUGGAGAAUCAAACAGGGAGAUGCCUCUGUCUGAAUUAAAAAGUAAGUAUAGAAAAAUUUCAUCUUUAGAGAAGGCUCAGUCUGGUUGGGGAGAGGAAUAUGAAGUUUCAUCUAAACAGUGCAUGCAUGGUCCCAAUUGUAAGAUCGGCAACUUUUGUACAGUUGGUAGAAGACUACAGGAAGUAAAUGUAUUGGGUGGCCUCAUCCUUCCUGUAUGGGGUGCCGUAGAAAAGGCCCUUUCAAAGCAGGCCCGCCUAAGCCAUAGGAGACUACGGGUUGUACGCAUUGAAACUACCGUGGACUCCCAACGUAUUGUUGGGCUUCUUGUUCCUAAUGCUGCUGUGGAAACUGUGCUUCAAGGUUUAGCGUGGGUUCAAGAAAUUGAUGAUUGA